AUGCAGUAUUGCCGCAUCAACUAUCAAAUCCCAGUUCUCUCCGUAUUUUAUGAUGGAGUUAGUGAUCUAAGGCCAGACUACAGACUUACAAGGCAGACACUGACAAAGCUGUUCUCAUUCCUGCGUGACCAUUAUGAUCAUGGCUGGGGACUUGAGCUGGAAGUGCUUGUUUUUGUGUUCUGGUUGGCCAGCGCAACUUCCUAUCGGGUCGUAUCCAGAGCCUUUGACAUUACCCGCUCUACUGUACAUGACAUUGUUCACCAUGUGGCAAAUACGAUUGUGAGCAAAAGAGCCCAAGUGAUUCAUUUCCCAGAUGCUGAAGAAUUGCAAGAGGUUGGAGAUGGGUUUGCUCACCUCGCCGGAUCUGCAGCUUUUAAAAAUGCUGUAGGAAGCAUUGAUGGGUGCCAAGUGAGAAUCAAGCCACCUAGUACAGAUGCUCAGUGCUACCUCAACCGUAAACUGUUUUACUCAAUUCAGCUCCAAGCAGUUUGUGACCACAGAGGCAAGUUUUUAGACAUCUUCGUAGGAUACCCAGGCUCAGUUCAUGAUUCCAGAGUUCUGAAAAACAGUCCACUAUUUUGCCAGCAGCUUUACCCACCUGAGAAUUUCUGGAUCCUCGGGGAUGGCAGGUAUCCCUGUAUAUCUCAGCCAUUCGCCCUAAUAACUCCAUACAGGGAGCCUGUCACAAGUCCAACACAAGCUCGAUUCAGCAAGCACCAUUCAAAGGCACGAAGCAUCACUGAGAGGUCCUUCGGGAUAAUGAAAUCAAGGUGGCGGAGCAUCUUUUUUAAAGCUUUGGAGGUGAAGCCCAAUUUUGCCCCUGCUGUGAUUGCUUGCUGUGCCAUUCUUCAUAACAUUUGUCUCACCAAUGGUGACAUUUUGGAGCCAGUUGAGGCAGCACUUGUGCCAGAUGACAACAAUGAUGCACUGCCACACAACCAAGACCCUCAGGGUGGAGAACAAAUAAGACAGCACCUUGCUGCAGCAGUCUCUGCACCUGGCAGAGAUGACAUUAUCAAUGUGACAGCUCUCAGGGAUCAUGACUACAUUCAGCUAUAG